AUGAAUAACGAAAAUGAUUUCAAACUUGAAGAAAUGCUUGAAUUGUUACAAACCGUUAACAUGUUUCGAUUUACGGAUAUGGAAGAAUGGUGUUCGAGUGUCAUAUCGCAAUCUGUCGAAACGAUUAAUUGUUUGAAAAUAUUAGAAAUCGCGAGUAGAAUAGAAUCGGAAAAUUUAAUACGUCAGGCACGAGCAUUUGCAUUGUGGCAUUUUGAUGACGUCACAAAAUUAGAUUCGUUUUAUAAUUUACACGUUGAUCAGGUCGAAGGGUACUGCAGCGAUCCGGCUUUACAUUGUUCGAAAGGCGAAUGGGGAGUUUGGAUAGCUUUAGAUAAAUGGAUGAUGAAUUGUUGCGAAGAUGAUAGACGACGACGACGACGACAGCACACGGCAAGACUUUUACUUUGCCUUCGUUUGAAAUCCCUACGUUUGAUAGAUUUAGAAAGGAUGAUUUUGUUCGAAUCCGUUAAAUCGUGUCCAAUGGUUUUCAAAGCAAUUCUCAAGUUGAUACAAGAGAAAAACGUGGACGAUGAUUCGAGAGAAAAUUAUUUAGAUUGUAAAAGGUUAAAAAUAGACGAGAACAAAGAAGACUGCGAAAAAGUCAAUUUAUUCAUACAAAAUUGGUUAAAAGUCAAACCUAGGAAAUUACCCUCCGUGCCUUGCAUAGUCGGAAACAUAUACACGGGACCGGAUACGAGCAGUCCAUACGUCGUUAAAUUUUGCGAAACUGAAAAAAAAUUCAUACCCCUGACGAGAUUGACGAAAGUCGAAAGCAGUGCCGGAACCAUGAUGGGUUUCAAAGUGAUAUCAGACGGUUUUAAAAUAUAUUUGAUCGGUGGUCUCAUAAUGAAUCGUCAAAAUAUGUGGAACGAUGCCAUAUGGACGUACGAUCCAUUGAAAAACAAAUGGUCUUUUUUCACGAGCAUAUCGAGACCCAUAAGACACAUGUCGGUUUGUUUGCUCGGUAAUUAUUUAUACAUAAUGGGAGGAUUCGGACGUCAUAGAGUAAUACAAAAUCAAGUCAGCAAAUUAUGUUUAAACGAUCAAGUUUGGUCGGAGUGUGCUUCGAUGCCGCAAAAUUUAUAUUCGACGCCUUGCGUUGUUUUUCGCGAAGCUCUUUACCUCGUCGAUUGUAACGUUUACGAAUACGAUCCGAAAACGGACACGUGGUUUACCGUUCCGAUAAAACCGUUCGUGAGAGGAUUUUCAUGUGCCAUGGCCGAUGAUGAUUUUAUAUAUUUGGCGGGGAAUUGCACGAAUACGAUAUAUAAAUUCGAUCCGACGAAACCUAACAAGGAUUUAGAGGUCGUAGGUCAUUUCAAAUACGAAUGUUCACAAGCUUGUCUCAUCGACGGUUUCAUAUAUUCCCUAUCGCAAGAUGACCUCGCCGAUGAUAUAUUCUGCGAAAAAAUGAACACUCGAACGGGUGAAACGUUCGUUCUCUACGAGGGUAAAACGGAUUCCGUGAUUGCCGAUCUUAAUCCGAGGCAUCGACACGGUUGUUUUUCGUUUUUCACUUACUAA